AUGUCACCAAAGUGUGAUGUGUGUGACGGGCGUUUCGCAGCAAAUUUCUUUUCAGAUUCGACAGUCUGCCGUCUGUGUUUUUUACAGAAGGAAAACGAUGAACUUAAGAAAAAAUUUGAUAUUUUACAGGAGUUCGUCACAGCUAACGUUGGAAUUUUACCUCCCUUGUCUCCAUCUACAGAACAGGCGACAAGUUACGCCGCUGUAGCUGCCAGACAAAACGACGCUCCAAGUCUACCUGAACGCGUUAUUCAGGGGGAAGUACCUUUCACCCCUGUCAGAAAUGGUGCACGACAAAUUAAUAAAAAAUCUUUCUUACCUGUCUCUACUUAUAACAGUUUUAAAAUUCUGAUGAAAGAAGAAGAAGAAGAGGAUCAUGAGACGAGAAUCAUUGGCGAUUCUAUCGUCAGAGACCAACUAACGGAGUUUUGCGGGAGGAACCGAUCAAACAGAAAGAGGCUGUGCAUGCCAGGCGGACGUUUGGAUGACAUCACAGCAGCCUGUGACGAGGCAACCAGUCAAGUAAAUACUAACACGCUUUUAAUUAUUCAUGCAGGUACAAAUGACGUCAUGAACACCAGAUCCGAGGAAUUGCUGGAGAGAUACAGGAAGCUGAUUCGACGAUACAAAUGUAAGACUAAUAAAAUAAUUCUUUCAGGAAUCCUUCCCCGAAGUAGUGCACCCAUUGCUUUUUUCAACAGGGCCUUCAGCACAAAUAACCGUCUUAAGUCCAUUUGUACAGAUGAAGGAAUCGACUUUAUCAACUGCUGGGAUGAUUUUUAUAACAAACCUUUUCUUUUCAAGGACGAUGGCCUGCACCUCAAUCAAGUUGGAGCCGCUCGCUUAGGCAGGCUACUUAAUGACAAAGUUUCUGAUUUCAGGAGAAAAAACAGUAUCCAGCCUCGCACAACCUCAGCUACGUAA